AUGGGUUUAGUCUUUGGUCAAACAGAAACGUUGCUUUUGCCAAGUGUUUCGGUGAUAUUGAGCAAAUUCCUAGAUUAUUCAGACAGCGAGUUGUCUGAAAAAUUGAAAUCUGAAACAAGAGUAAAAAUUUCUCGCCAAGAUACUGACAGUGAAGUUUAUGUAUUUUUAGGUAGUUUUGUAGACAUCAUCCGAGCGAAUGGAAUUAUAAAUACCUUCAUCCAGCAUCUUAGUGAAAACGUUAAUGAUUCUCUUUGUAAAACUUCAACAUUGGUCUCAGAUUUGAAUGAAAAACAAAAGUGCUUGCUCCUGCAAAACGCUGAAAUUGAUCAGUCUGGUAAUUUCAAUGACCAAGAACCAAGACAAGAUUCAAAUAUAUGUAUACAAGAAAUAAAACUUUCAAAGAACGAGGGGAAAAUCAAAACAGUGACAGUAGACACAAGGAAAGAAACAAAAGAGAAUAUUACCAAAGAAGACAUAUUAUUGACGGAUACAUGCAAUGACACUAAUAUACUUUCAGAUUUUGUUUCUGCCAAAGAGAAUCAAAGAAGGGUGAACAAAGAAGAAAAUGCUUCUGCUUCAGUGCUAUAUAAACAUGCUCUACAUGAAAAUCCCCAUUCCCAAAGUGCUCAAAAUUCAAAAGUCGAAGGUGACGUAGAGUCUUUGCAGAGCCUGGUUGAAAAAGAUCAUGUUGAGAAAAUUCAAAUACCCAGCUUUGAAUCAGAAAACAGUAGUGAGAGGAACGAAAGCAGUGGGGAAAAUGAAAUAGUACAAACUUCUGAUAAAGACAAUGAAAUAGUAAACGACUAUCAUUUUUCUGAUGAUAAUACCCCUGAAGAAAAUAAUAUAUCAAACCAAGGUAUAAAAAUGAUUCGAAGAAAAAGGAAGGAUCAACACAUUUGUAAAGUAGACUUUGAUGAUGAUCAUCCAGAUUUUAGUCCAGGUUCAAUGCCUGAUGAGAUUAAAGAUUUAUCGUAUGAAGAUGGCGAGGAACCAGUUUUUAUAAUGCAGAGAAAUGCUGGUAGACUAACUAGGGAUAAAGAUAAUCAAGAUAUGGCAAAGACAGAGUGUAGAUUUUGUCCUUUUGUCAAUGUUUCUUUAUAUGCUCGGUCAAAGAAACAGCUGAAACAGCAUUAUCGUAGGAAUCAUGCUUAUGUUAAACCUGUACAUAAAUGUGAACUAUGUAGUGAAAGUUUUUGUACCAAAGCACAGUUAUAUGAACACAAAAGAUCAAAACACAUUUUCAUCAAUUGUGAAACUUGUGGAACAUCAAUUCGUAAAUCAAACUAUCUAAAGCGUUCAAGGAUUCAUGAAGAUGUAAGCGAUACCUAUAAAUUGGAAGAUGAUAAAUGUGAAACAAAAUUUACCCCAAAGUUAAGUUUGCAACAGCCUGAAAAAAAUACAUGUACACUUGAGAUAUCUGCAGAUGAGAAAGGAUCAUUUGAAUGUGAAAUUUGUAAACAAUUCUGGCUUGACAAAACAUCAUUAGAUUUGCACAUUAAAUUUAAACAUGGAAGAGAUAGCGAAACUCAGAAAUACCCAUGUGAACUUUGUAAAACAUUUUGGCCUGACAAAACAUCAUUAGAUUUCCAUAUGAAAUUAAAACAUAGCAAACCUCAGGAAUACCCUUGUGAAGUUUGCGGUAAAAUUUUUCCAAAUCUUUCACGAAUAAAUCAACAUAAAAAGAUCCACGAUGACAUUUACCCAUUCUCUUGUGAUGUGUGUCACAAAUCUUUUAAAAAGAGGAAUUGUUUAAAAAGACAUAAGGAGACUCACACUGGUGCAAGAGAUUAUUUUUGUAAGGUGUGUGGAAAGACAUACACACUAGCAAGCUCUCUAGAACGACAUUCACUCGUACACAAAGGUGCACCCCCAUUUGUAUGUAGUUACAGCCUCUGUCGUGAGGCAUUUUACGAUCGUUCAACACUACGUAAGCAUAUGAUUCGUCACACAACAGAGAAUCCAAGAAAGAAAUGCAAGGUGUGA